AUGGUGAAUGAACGUUUCGGAACGAACGAAUGGCGCGCGAACGCGAGCGCGGAGGACAAAGACUUCGACGAGAGCACCAAGGAGAAGGUUGUGAAGCAGAUUGAGUUUUAUUUUUGCGACUCCAACCUGCCUCGGGACAGUUUCUUGCUCGAAGAGGUCGCUCGGGCGACGCGAGACGGACACGGAGGCGCGGUUGAUUUGGCGCUCAUCGCUGGAUUCUCUCGCAUGCGCGAUAUUCUGGCGCCGUACGGGGGUAAGGAAAACGUGAAGAACAUCGAGCGCAUCGCGGCGGCGCUCGAGGGAAGCGCGCUCGUGGAGGCGACGGACGGGAAGCGAGUGAAGAGGAAGUCGCUCACGGUCGGCGAUCACGUGCCGGAUCUCACCACGGAUGAGGGCGUGGAGGCGUACAGGAAAUUGAUGGUUGAGGAUCUGGAUAAGCGGUUCGUGUACGCGGCGCCGUUCUCUCGCGAGGCGUCGAUGGAUUCGAUGAUGGAGUACUUCAACACCGUCGGAAAGGUGCAGUCGAUUCGUCUGCGUAGACACGCGCAGAGCAAAGACUUUCGCGGAAGUAUCUUUGUUGAGUUCUCAUCCGAAGAGGAGGCGCGGGUGGUCGCGGCGCGAGAUGACUUGGAGUUUGACGGUGCAAAGCUCACGACGCAGCACAAGUCUGAUUACAUGGCGCAAAAGAAGAAGGAAAAGGCUGAGAAGGUCGAGAAGGAACGGCAGGCGGCAAUCGCUCGCGGUGAAGAUCCCGACGCUCCGAAACCGGAAAUGGAACCGGUGUUCGUCGGCCAGGCCAGAGAGCGUCCUGGUGGCGGUGAUCGUGACGCUGGUCGCGGCGGCGGCCGUGUCGGUCGAGGCGGUGGUCGCGGGGGUGGUCGAGGCGGCGGUCGCGGGGGUGGCCGAGGCGGUGGCCGAGGCGGUGGCCGCGGGGGUGGUCGCGGGGGUGGCCGCGGUCGCGGCGGUCCCGAUCGUGGCGGCGACCGCGGCGGUGACAAGCCGCGUUUCGGUCGACCGUAUUAG